UAGGGUUGGUUAAAUCUAUAUAUUAUGUUGUAAUGAAAUUACAACAAAGAAGAAAUACUUACCUUUUGAUAAAUUUCAGGAGAACAGCCAAGCCACAGGCAAAGAACUUGCUGGAAGAUAAGAGAGCUAAGCAACACUGCGCAAAGAACGUGCUCGUAAACAGCUACGCCAUAUUCUUAGGGGGCGACCAUUGGACUUUCGGGGGUUGAUAGGGGAAGAGCGGGUGUUUCGAGUUAAGCAUGAGCUGUCUUUAUUUUUGGAUCCAGAACUCUCGAGAUAUAUCUUUCUCAGUCCAGAAUGAUCUUCUUUUCCUGUUAUGAUGGUUUGUGUUUUCGUCUUGGUCUAAAGGAUUUUUUUCGGAUUUUUUUAGUCACAAUUACCCCACCCCACUACCCCUCAGCAGAACAUUUUGCAUAGCUCGAACAGCCUGCCAUCUAGCCUGCCAGAGGACCUCCUCGCUUCUCAGUUACAUAGGUCAGAAAUUAGCAUGUUCUCCAAAACAAAACGUCAUUUAAGGGUUGACGCAUUACCCGAUCUCAAACGUCGCAUUAUUAGGAAAUCUGCAAUGGCAAGUUGCUUGGAAUGGCUAAUAAGUCGCAGAUUUGACACCUUUCAUCGAAGUACAAGUCGGUGAAACAUGAAUGCGAGAAGAACGAGUCUGAUGUCCCUAAAUUGAACUUAAUAGAAUAACAUAUCUACGAUCAAGCAAAUUACCUUCUGUUUUACAUUGAUGUACACUGCAUUAUUCUGUUUUGAAAAUCAUGCUUUUGAGUGAGGGUUAGUUAGACAGUAGUGACAGUUAUGGAAUUUUAUAAAUAAACAAGCCCAUGAGACAUUUUAACAUGGUAGAAAAAACUUGAUAAAUAUAUUAAAAAUACCUGCUACCGAGUUCGCGUUAUCCUAUACAAUAACUGAACCUGAGUUAUGGGCAACAAUUGGCCCUAGGCCAUCGUGGUUGAUAAAUGGUCUAAGGGAGGGUGUAGAGUGUGGUAUGGCUUCUUGCUACGCAAACCCGAUGAGACACCAGAUUUAAGCGCCAGCAUCAUAUAGCCUGCGUUGCAGUCGUAAACGGGGAAGGAGUAGGGAGGCAAAACACGCGAGGAAGAAAGGGAAAGGGACGCCUGCUAUAAGAACCGGGUUCUUCGCAUUACGCCCACCAGUUUCUAUGUAAUCCGAUUUCAUUAACUGUCAAUUACCGUCAGCAGGUCCACCAAUUAGAAACUAGCGCGCGCUUGUCGGCAUAACUGAGUUCCUGCGUGAAUUUAGUCAAUUGAGAUUAUUUCCCGGAGUGAUUGAUUAUAGAAGAGACAAAAAUGGGCAAAUCUCAACAAAACAACAUAACAAUCAUGACGUUAUUUUAGCGCGGAAAUGUCCUGUACUCCCACGAAGAGCUUGAAAAUAGGCAGUAAAAAGAAAGAAUGCGGUUGCGAUAAUUUAUGCAGGGUCUGUUGCAUCGAGUCUCGUGCAUAAGCGGAGAAUGUCUUUCGAACUUUUAUUUAUUUUAUUUUAUCUCGAAAUUCAGCAGGGGGUAUGAGGCGAGACACUUUAGCCCAAAGGGGAAUGGGACGAGACAUUGCAAGGCCCUUACCUUCUUCCCUACUCAGCCAGCGCCAUACCGCCCUUUUGCGUUGGCGGUGACUAAACACUCGUCUAAGUGACCCUUAGAGAGAAAACCGGCUGCCAGCAGACUAUCCGCGACGAAUGUCGGUUGUUUUUGAUGAGAUUGUGCAACUAUACUAAUCAAUAAGUUACUAAGUGAGUAUUAGCCAAUGGCAAUUUUGCGUUCGCCAGCGAACGCAGAAAAGAACAAAAGGGGGUUCUUAUUGCAGACACUCCCCGCUCCUUUUAUCACCGAUCUCGCUUUCCCAGCUCCCCUCCCCCUCCCUCGUUUUACGCUUGCUACGCCUGGCUGGCAUCAUACCACUUUUUCACGCUUGAGAUGGCAACCGCGUGACAGACAUCAAGUAGGGGAGCUGUUUGGACUUGAAGAGAGCGUGGAAACAGUAUCUCAAGGAAGGACUUAAAUCUACGGUAAUUUGAAUCAUGGCCUGGAGAGGGGUACAUCUUAGCAUCGAUCUGGUGGACGCUGCCCUUAAACACAGACAGUUCUUACAGCUCGUUGAUGACCAUCCAAGCCUGUAUGCUGGACCGCACGUUCAGAAUGCAAUAAGGAGAUAUGAACUGUUCUGGUUGCCACUGGCUGCUCAGUCGUCCGUCACUGAGGACAUCGCAGCACCUCUCGACAUUGCCUGGGUGUGGCAUGUACACAUGUUGUCGCCCAUCAGCUACGAAAAGGACUGCAAGGAAGUUGUCUCAACUCUGGUGGAUCACAAGGUCCUAGUCGGAAAGAAACGUACAAGAGGACUCGAAAGAGCCAGGAUCUUAUGGAAGAAGUUGUACCCUAGUGAGCCUUUUGAAGUUGACCUGACGACUUAUGUUGGUCAUGUGCCUGAUUUUGAGUCGCGAAUUGAGUAUGACAUCACAGCGGCCUGCGAUCGGCAGAGGGUAUUUUACUAUCAGGUCUCUUUACCUCAUUAUGAAGAUAAGAAGUUCUUGACUAGAGCAUUGGAGAGAUAUAAACAGCAUCUUGUGCUCAAACAACAAAACCCAGAUCUGUUCUUUGUACCAUGCUACGACUUUGACCUCAUUUGGCAUGCACAUCAGGUACAUCCGCUGAUAUACCAAAAGGACACCACUGAAGUCAUAGGAAAGGUGUACGACCACAAUGAUUCUGUGAACGACCGCCGGCCUGGCUCAAAGCUAUCAACGUCUUAUGUAACAACGCGACAGAAAUGGAAAGAAGCUACUCAGGAACUUCCAUUGAAGGGCUGCAUGUUCCGUGGGGAGCCUCCGCUCUCGACUAGUGUCCAAGCUGAGCUGGUGGAUUACACUGGACUGAGAGCAUCUGAGUACACCGUGAAGCUGACUCGGCUAGAAGUUGAAGGCCUCACAGAAUCUAAAUCGUACACGAUCAAAAUUGAUGUCGUAAAUGGUGUAAAAGUUCUUGAGACCCGUGUCCGUGGACCAGCUGUCAGUUUGUCCAAUUCUACCAAUGUGCUAUCAACGUUCAAGUUUAAAACAAAGGAUAGCAACAGCCUUCGGAUUCGUAUUUGCCAACAAGGACGUUGUUCCUGCGUUACGCCGUCAUUCGAUGAAUCUGCCCAAUACCUGUUUCUGAGCUGUCUUGUUGGCCGAGACCCCUACAACAGCGCCGUGGAGCUUGAACCAGUAACCCACGAGUUAGCGAUUGCUGAAAAUGUCAUCGUUCGGUUUACUACCGUGGCCAAUCCACCUAGACUUGAGAAGUACAUCUUCAUGGUAAAACCAAAGAAGACUGAUUUCAGCACAGUGCAGCAUCCAGCCCAGAUCUUGAGCUCGCCAACGCUAAUCCUCUCUCCGUUGUCUUUAGCUCAGUCUUCUUCAACGUCCUGCGCAUUGUCAAUGAAUCGGCUAUUUGACCAUGGCCAACGAGAAGUGUUUACCUACCGAGUUAUGCACUCCGCUCAGCUGCUGUUCUCUUCCGUGGAAGUCAUCAACCAUGCCGGUCGCGUUGUGAGUACGGUGCAUCUCAUCCGGGGUGACAUACUUCCGAUGAGAGAGCAAGUGAACAAUCCAGAGAAAUGUUGCACCAUGGAUGAGAUGGCGGGAGAAAGAGCAAUCCUUAUAAGAGGGAGCCAAGACUGGGGUAUCUGCGUUGGCAAAUGGAAGAAGUUUGUUAAGGGUGUUCCUGGUGUGCCUGGGGUGGAAGGAACGCCAGGUAACCCGAUUGUCAGGGGAACUCCUGGCAUAAAGGGCCAACCUGGACGUCUGUCCAUAAAGUUCUUUUCUCUUUUUGGAACGCGCGAGUGGAAACCCGUAGAGAAACGAGGAGACAAGUUCUCGAUAGGCCUUGGCAAGAAGACGACAGUCGUCGUUGACCUGCGAACUGGCAUGAUUUCUUUUCCACCAGAGGUACACGGUGUACCGGAGGCAAUUGCACUUGGAUUCUCUAUAGCCAUUCUUCAUCUUUUGUGCCACCCAUAUUCCCCGACAGAUAAGGCCAGCUACAUGAGACCAUCAGAAACUGCGUCAUGUGAAAUCGUGAAACCACGCAUCAUCCGCAACCAGGACCUCCUGUUGGUAGUGGCAGCAGGGUACUAUGCUAACAGUGUACCGACCAACUCUUACAUCAAGUAUAAAACUGGAGGAGGUGCCUGCGGUGGAUGUGGUGGAUGUGGAGGUUGCGGUGGGUGUGGUGGAUGUGGAGGUUGUGGAUGUGGCGGUGGUUGUGCAUGUGGUUGUGGUUGAGGUUGUGGUUGUGGUUGUGGCUGUGGCUGAUAAGGAGAUCAAAACAGACACGGUCAACAUAUCAAGGCCACCAAGACCUAAAUUUGUUAUGAUACGAUAAUAUUAAUGAUAGCAAGACACUCAUGACUUAGUCAUGUAGAAACGAUCUCAACUCAUUAUGGACUAUAAAACAGAGAAAUACUGUUAUUGUAGAUGCCUGCACAAGUUUAGUAUGUAUUCAAUCUAUGAAAUAGCGUCAGUUUUUCUGGUAGUUAGAAUGGGCUUUAUAAUGUGAAUACUGCUGCGAUCCUUUGUAUACUGAUCACAUGUGGAAAAUAGGUUGGUAUUUAGUAGAUUUUGGUUAAUUACUUAAUUUCCUUUAUAUAGAAAGUUUAUCAUAAGUGUUAGCUAUAUCAAGAGAGACCAAGGAUUACUAAUAAUAUGCCAAAUGUUUCAGUUAUUUGUAGUUGACUUAGGAUCAAGAACAGAUGGUAGAAAUGAACUUUGUCAGUGAUAAAUGCAAUUUAAUUUUGCCAGUGGUUAUUUUGUUGGCAGGAAAUUAAGCGGUAAAUGAUUGAUUCUAAAAUAAGUUAUCUAAUCUAUAAGUAGAGUAGCGGUACCUUUGCAUCUGCUUGAGGAAUCAUGCCUCAUCCCGAUAUAUCGUCCUUGUCCCUACAGGCUAGGAAACUAGAAGGGCUCUGGGGAAUUUGUAAAAGAACAAAAGACCGUUAAGGGUUGGCUUGUUACCUACAAGCAUGAUGCAGAGAAGAGAAAGUAACAUACGUUUUUCUGAAGAAGACACCAUUACUCCAGUCUUUCUUUCAAAUAUAAAAUUGUCCUAAUAAAGUAGAAUUUGACAUCUGAAAUUACUGUCCCACGCGUACGCGUACGAAGCGGCGAGGUAAACAUCCAUCAAUAGUCCACAGACACUGAGGGGAAUAAUUGUUUUAGUACAUACCAAACCAGUAGGAUAAAAUAUCUGCAAAAAUUGACUCAGGAGACUGCCAAAAAAGGUUUUAUUUCGUAAGUUCGCGCACAAAAUGUGACCUUCGCCGCGCGAGCUCGGAAUAGCAAACACUAUUCCGAGUUUGAGUAACCAAUCAGAAUGCGCGAAAAGCACUAUCCAUUGGUUCGGUAU